AGGAGUUUUGGGUGAACGUGUAUCACGGGAGAAUGAUUGAAGGAAAACAAGCAGCUCUUCUGUGAGAGUAUUAUUUGCAAAAUUAUCGUACCAAAAGUGUUAGUUUUGACCGAAAAAGUGAUUAAUAUUGUCAAAAUAUAAAUACUGAAUCUUGUGGGAUAGUUGAUUUUUGGUUUUGUGUGUGAAUAAUGUGAAAAAAUGCGUGUAUAAUACAUACUGUAUUCUACAUAACAGCAGCGGAUAGCCAUAUCAAAAGAAAAAUUUCAUCUAAUCAUGGAACAAAUGGAAGUGGACGAUGCGGUCGUUGAUCUGAGUGUUGGAUCAGGCAGAGAUUUGCUCUCAAUCACCCCAGCCACGGCUCGUGACUUGCGCGCAUUAACACAAAACUCGGGCCUAACCAUCACUCCGGCCCUACCGCCACAAGUAUGCUCUCCUUCGGCGUCCGGCAAUACAUCACCAGUUCCCGGCAGACGCGUGCUGCGUCCUCGCACUGAGCCAAAAUCUUACGCUGAAGUGCCGGAUAUAGUGCUUCUGCCGGCUAAAGUUAAUGGUCGUUCUUACAACGGUGCUGCCGUGACUGGAUUAUCCGAAUCUGAAGACGACGAAAUGCCACCCGUGUUUCCAAUUAAAGAACUCACGGCAGCGGAAAUUUGGGAACGGGAACGAGGUCUUCGUAAACUACGAGAAGAAUUGCGCAGCGAGGAGACCAAGCUAGUACUGUUGAAGAAAUUGAAGCAAUCUCAGCAAGUGAUGAUGAAAGAAAAUCUGAUUGUAACGUCGAGUAAUUCAAACAUCAAUAACCCAUUGGCUGCGAUUCCAGCGGCACUGACCAAGGGAUCACUCAGUGUUACGCCAACAAAUGCUGUUCCACUGCCUGCUCACUCGAAAUCUUCCAAAGUUGUUACGGCGACGCCCGUUAACCGCGGAUCGCCAAUCAACAUUACACCUGUAACAAAACCUUUGCAGCGACAACCAUCUCUUCCCGGAGGAGCCACACUUACGCCCAGUACUCCUGGACAGCGACAUUCGAUGGGGCUUCCAAGAACAGGUUCCAAUCUUACUAUAACACCGUCUGUCACGAUCACUCCCACCAAUGCUCCUUCCAGCAGUAUCAAGCAGCGUAAUCAGCCACAAAGCAAUAGUUUAAUUGGCGGCAGUAAUCUAAUGGAUACUAAUUUGAAGGUACAGUCGGGCCAAAUCAGCAAUUCGGUGUCUAUCACACCAGCCCAUCCCAUCCCUGCACAAAUCAGCUGCACAACGGUGGAAGCAGUUUCACUUAAACGUGACCGUGAAUCGGUCAGAGAAGACCCACAGACUCAAGCCCAACGCCAAGCAGCGGCGAAGCUAGCACUAAGAAAGCAGUUGGAGAAAACAUUGCUGCAGAUCCCACCACCUAAGCCCCCGCCACCAGAAAUGCAUUUCAUUCCCAACCCGAGCAAUACUGAAUUUGUAUAUCUGCUUGGGCUCGAGUAUGUAGUGGAUUAUCUGACCAAGGACAAAAAACUUUGCUUACCACAACAGCCGUACCGCUGCGCUCAGUGCAAGAUCGAUUUCACGCCAGUCUGGAAAUGGGAGAAACAGGGUAAAAGAGGAAAUCCCACUUUUCAGAACAGUCCAGCUGGCAAAGAUGCAAAAGUUAUCUGCGAGCAAUGUGUUACUAGUAACGUCAAAAAAGCCCUCAAGGCAGAACACACUAAUCGGCUUAAGACUGCCUUUGUUAAAGCACUUCAACAAGAGCAGGAAAUCGAGGCGCGGUUAACGACCCAGAGCAGUCCCUCACCGAUAGACAUUCGCCCAACACCGUCCUCUACACCGAACCUACGAGAGCAGCGUGAGUUGCAAUUAGAACAACAGCAACAACAGGAACGACAGCAGGCCCAAGAACGUCAGCAGCAACGAGAACGCGAACAGCAACAAGAGCGACAAGCGGCAGCACAGCGCCAGAAAGAACAGCAAGAACAGCUCCGCCAGCAACAAUUGCAGCAGCUACAACAACAGCAACUUCAACAGCAAAUCCAACAACAGCAACUGCAACAAUUACAACAACAGCAGCAACAACAACAAGAACAACAGCAACGUCAUCAUCAGCUUCAUCAACAACAUGCUCACAUGCAACAGCAACCAUCGAAAUCAAAAACACCGACACCGGUACCGAGACCCACACCGACUCCACCAAGCCAACAUACACCACCGCCAGCAUCUUCUUCACGAUCCAGUCGUCACAGUGCUACGGCGAACGCGGCAGCCGAAGCGGCAGCUGCUCAGCUGUCGGCUCUCGCCGGUCUUAGUGGUCUUGGUCAACUAGGUGCCCUGGGUAAUCUGGGUAGUUUGGGCAAUACAUCGGCAGCCGCGGCUGCAAUGCAGGCUUUUCAGCAACAAUUAUUCAGAGGAAUUCAACAAGGCUUGUCGACUGGAAAUCUCAAUAAUCUACAGCACAUGAUGCAGUUCUCGCCACUACUGUACUCGUAUCAACUUGCGAUGGCUCAAGCAGCAGCACUAUCAGCGGCUGGAAAAAGCGGUAAUACUGGCGGCGGCGGAGGCGGCAGUAGCAAUUCAAAUGCGGCAGCAGCUGCCGCCUCAUUGGCUGAUAUGCAACGUGCGAUGGAACUCCAGCGUCAGCAUAUGGAAAUGUUGCCUCAGAGCGGACCAGGAUCAAGCAACAAUCGGCAAUCCAACUGGAAAUCUUAAGCAACGUGAUAUUUAGUAAGUUUAGGAACUAUGCUGUCGAACCGGCAGGAGCACUGAUUGAAGUGUAACAAUGUUUCACUUUAUUCGAAUUGUGGUGCACACCGUUUAUUAUUACCAUUUAAUUCUUUUUUUGUUUUGUUUUGACAUCAACAGUAAUAGUGGUAAUAGUGAAAAACUGUAACGUAAAUGAGGUGAUCAAACGAUUGUGAAAAUAACACUAACGAAGCAUCAGAUAUUAUAAAUUUAGUUUAGAUUCUUAGAGGGAGCUACAUAUUUAGCACUGGCGUGCUAAUCGUUGUCGUUUGACAUAUAUUUUGUAAUUUCAAAUCAAUAGUGGUCAUGACAUAUUUUUGGCGUUUUCAAAUAUUUAGUGUUCAUGAAAGAUGUCUUAGGCCACAUUGGUCUGCCUUGCUGGUUCAAAAACUCUGGUGGGUGGCAGCGUUUUUUCAAAGUAGUUUUCAGUCAGGUCGAUAUGUUUAGUAAGUUUUGGGUACGAUUAUGAAACGAAUUAAAUGAUUGUUUCAUUUGCAGUUAUUUAUCAAACUGUUUUAAAUAAUUUCUAGUGAGACGAGGCUCUGCACUUUUUUUUUCUUAGCACUUUCUAAAAAACUUUCAAUUCUUACGUCUUGAGAUACUUUAUUUCUGAGAUUGGGUAGCAUAUGCUCGACAAGCUUGAACUAUAAUUGAUAGCCUUGUUCUGCAUUAUCAAGGAUUCUUUUUUUGGAACAAAUAUGAUUUGCUUUCCAAAAGAAUCUAUAACAUAAGGUUGAAUGUAACUAAAAGUCGUAUGAUCAAAUAGUUCAAUUUCACCAAAGGUGGAAUGCAAUAGUGGUCUUAUGUGACGAAAGGUGCAACAAAUAAUGUCUAGAAAGACUAUCUUGGGAAAUAUGCCAAAGGAUGGUACUAGGUGGUUUGAAAAUUUCCGGAUCUGACGAAUAUAUAUGGGAUACAAAAACCAACAGCAUAUUUUUUGACAUUUUCUAUCCUUAAAAAUCCACAUGUGCAGUUUCAUAAAUAUUCGUCAAUUAUUUUUUAUCAUGAGUGUUUCUUAAAAGCACGGACGCUAACACCCUAAUGAAUUUCAUCAUCAUUAUUUAACUAGAAAAUCUUAAAAAUGAAGGAGAAGCUUAUUACAGUCUAAGACUUACAGUAGCAAAUCCUCGCUUUUGUGCUAUCUUAUGACAUUUUGGGGUAAACUGAGUUAGAUAUGCCAUGUUACUGAAUUUUAAAAUCUGUACAAAGUGGAGUUUUCAGAAUGUUUAAAUUCUGCUAGGUUACUGAGAUAUAGCGGAACACGAUUAUGGUAAGCGCCAAAUUUCUCGAUUGAUCGAAGUGUGCUAUCUUGUUACAACAAAAAGCCAGACAGCAAUCCUAUCAUCAAGUACAUAUUGAAGCCAAAAACCCAACAGAUGUCCUUGAUAACAUGCAUAAUUCCUAUGCGCAUGUACUAUAAUCAUUAGUUAGGUUCUUGUCUUGGGAGCAAAACUUUUCCACCCAUGGUUUUCUCUGCGCUUGGUUGGCUUUAGUUUUCAUGAUUAUUGAAUAAAUUUCCUUUCGAGAUUAUUUUGGAAAGUGUGCCGAAAUGUAAGAUUUUUUUAGCCUGUCAACAAUAACAUUGAUAUAGGAGAGAUCGGGGCUAGUUGGCAGUGUUUUCAUUUUUUACCGCAUUGAUUUGGGGAGAUCUUGUAAAAAAGAACAUGUUGCAUAAAAGGGUAGACUUUUGGCAACAUCCCGACCCCGGGGUAAGUUUGGUGGACAAUAAGCAAUCAAAUGGAUAUUCAAUAACUUCUGGGGUUCUUAAUGUUUUUUUCAAUAAAACAUUUCAGUAUCAAUACCCCGGCAUUUUCACUUCAACGCGUACUCCAUGUUCAAAAGCAAAUUUUUGAAAUUCUCUGCCCGAUUGGCCAAAGUAAAUGUGCUAUGCAUUGACGAGAUACACAAGAAAAAAAUUUCUUUGAAAAGAAUUCCAGAAAUAAAAAUAUUUGAUGACUAUUUUUGCACUGUAAAUAGUACCGCCAACUUGCCCAGCGUGCGUCACCGCCAACUUACCCGACCGCAUAUUUCAUAAAAAACUAUCUAAAAAAAACUUUUGUUUGUGGAUAGGUGUAAUAUCUAUACGGAUACUGAAAACUCGUUUCACACACUAUCGAAAAAUAUAAUCAUACGUGGAAUAAAUUAAAAAUCACCUAAAAUAACAAAAAAUGUUCAAAAUUAAGAAAAUUUAGUAUGGUCGAAAACACAUUAUCUCCCACAACUUCUACAAAACAAAAUGUUUUGCAACAAAAACACAUUGGAUAAUGAGUUUCACAUUGCUUGAGGUACACAACGAGAAGCAGAGCUAUAUGUCCAAUAAGAACAAAGGAAAAGGGAUUCUGCCAACUUACCCCAACGCCAACUAGCUCCGGGCUCCCCUAUAUUGUCUCUAAAUUGUUAAUGACACCAAGUUUUAUUUUUUGUUUUUCCCGAAUAAAGGAGGAAAAUUGUGAAAGCUUUGUGCCAUCAUUUGGUAAUCUGGUAUUGGUACUACCGCAUGGAAAAGUAUAAUAUUGGGCAUAGUGAUCUAUUACGCUUAUGCGUAAUAUACAAAUCACUUAAGGUCCUUUUUAUAGGAAAUCUUCUGUGCACAUUUGUGACACGUCAUACAUAUUUUAUCAUCAAUACACACUUAUGACACGUAUUCGACCGACUUUGGCAAAAACUGUCAAUAUAGUGAACCGAUUUUCCCAUAAAUCGAGUGAUUACUACUGAAAACAUAGAAGCAUCAAUUGCCUUCUCCGAAAAGUUUCGAACAUUUUUUAUAAAUAUUUCUUGAAAGGUGCUAAAUGUCAUUUGUCAUAAGUAAGAUAGCACAACAGCGACGAGUUGUCUUACACAAACGAAUCCGCUUUCGGAUGUUAUGACGGUGUCGUAAUGUCUCGGACGCAUCUCCUUCGGACGUUUGUAGUAUAGACACUCAUAGUAAUAGACCAGCGAAGGUACUUUUAUCGAACCAAACAAACUGGCAAAAGCAUGACGUCAUACAAUGCAAACAAGCAGAACAAGUAUUGCGAUUUUAUUUAAAAAAAUUAUUUUGUUAUUCACAGUAAGCUUCACUUUUCAUGUCCGUAUUAGUAUUUUACAACGUUAUUUAGAAAGAUAUUUAUUGUGUUCUAAAGAAUCUUACUUAUGCUCUUUUUCAUCAACUUUGUGUUUUUGAAGAAAUUGGAUAUAUUUUUUGCUUUUUUUAUUUCUUGUUGCUCAAUAUCAAACGUAUAACUUCUCUUUUGAUUCAUAAUAUUUUGUCAUAUUCGAGCACAUUCGAGCUUUUUUGGGUGAUGCCAGUUUAACAUGCUUGUUUUUCUAGUUGCCAGUUUUGCGGUUUUUACGUCCGCGAGGCUAUUACUAUGAGAGUUUAUAGUUUGUAGCUCCAUUAAGAGUAGGUGGCAUCAACUUCAGUCUCCUAUUCAAAUUGUUUAAAUUCUGUCAUAUGUGAACAAGUAUUUGGACAAACAUAGCCUUUAAUUAAAUCUGUGAAUGUGGUAAGUCUGCCAACAAUGCAGAAGCCGCUGAAAAAAUAUGCAAAGCUCUGAAACCACAAACUGCUGAAACACUUCUGUUUUCCUGACAGCACCUCUAGUCAAAUUUUCUAGAUAAAAAUUGGAAUUGCAAUUAUAUAAUAACAUCUCACCCAGUAUUUGUAACAAAGAAGUUACCAAAUAACUGGAACUAAGGUUCGAAUUCGAUCAAACCUCAUUUGUUAAAAAAAACAAUCCAUCGUAAUGCAAAGCGAGCAUGUGUAUUUUAGGUAUUCAUCUUUAUGAUUUUCUUCCUUCCCAGUCACUGUCGCUAAUGCAAAUACUACCGAUAUAAUUAAAUGCUCAAACCUUAAAGUUAUAAAUUAAUGGAAAAAUAAUCAUUGCGCAAUGAUACAGAACGAGCAAGAAAUACAACCUGCAGUUUUUUAACGAUAUCUACUUCAAGAUAGAUGUAUUUAAUCACUCGUUACUUGUCUGGACAGCUGAAGGCGAUUUGAAACUGACAUAAGCAAGGGACAGUAAAAUUAAUAAUAUACUAAUCCAAGGAAUCAGUCAAAACUUUACUGUUAAUCGUACUCGAUAAAGAAGCACGUAAAUCUUUGCAAAUUGUUUGCGAUCUAAUAAAAACUUUCGUAUGUCAACUCAAAGGUCCAGAGACCUAGCGUUUUUAAAACAGUAAAUCUGAUCUGAUAUCUGAUGUUUUUGUUUCAAAAUUCUAGUUCUAGGUAUCCAAUAAAUUUAGGCGAAGAAAAUUUUCGGAAAGAUAGAAUAGUAACACAUUUUUUGGAUAGGUUAAAAAAACAGCUGCAAAUUUCAGGGAAAACUACAAAAUUCUAAAUAUAAGAGAGAAAAGCGUACAAUUAAGACGAGCGGCAAAGAAAUUAUAUAAACAUUUAAAAGAAACAAAAGUUGUGAACCAUUUUGUCUGACAAGUGAUAAUCUCAUUUUUUCCAACGGUUAAAGUAAACUACAAUAAUCUUACUAGUACAGGAAUGUCGAAAAAAUAUCUAAACUACACUGAUCUGCUUUGUAACCAUAACAACACGUUUUAGUCACGUCAGCACAUCAUUCAUAUUUUGUAUGAAAACUAUUUCUAUUAUUUGUCAAACUCACUAUCCGUAUGUAAUAAACAAUAAAAUGCAUGUGAACAUACAUUGUUUCUCAUUUUGACUACAUCUGUUGUUCCGUGCAAUACGCAAUCUUAUGCCAUUAUCAUGAAAA